UCGAAUCCAAUUUUAUAUGUCACGAGCUUCGUGAACAACAGGUGUAGACUAACAGUGAAAUGCUUACUUCUCAACAACGCAGAGAGAAAACAUUUGAAAUAAUAUAAUAAUAAUAACACUAGGUAUAAAUACAAGAGUAACGAUAACUUGGCUAUAUACACAGUCGAUGUGCAGGGGUAUGAGGUAAUUGAGGUAGAUAUGUACAUAUAGGUAGGGAUAAAGUGACUCGGCAACAGGAUAGAUGAUUAACAGUAGCAGUAGCGUGUGUGAGGAGUCAAAAGAGUUAGUGCAAAAAGGGUCCGUGCAGGUAAUUGGUUAACUAUUUAGCAGUCUUAUGGCUUGGAGGUUGAAACUGAUCAGGGUUCUGUUGGUUCCAGACAUGGUGCAUAGUUACCGCUUGCUGUGUGGUAAUAGAGAAAACACUCUAUCACUUAGGUGGCUGGAAUCUUUGACAAUUUAUAGGGCCUUCCUCUGACACAGCCUGGUAUAGAGGAUCUGGGAGACAGGGUGCUCUGACCAAUGAUGUAAUGGCCGUACGUACUACCCUCUGUAGCGCCUUGUGGUUGGAUGCCAAGCAGUUGCCAUACCAAGCGGUGAUGCAGUCAGUCAAGAUGCUCUCAAUGGUACAGCUGUAGAACUUUUGGAGUAUCUGAGGCCCCAUGACAAAUCUUCUCAGCCUCCUGAGCGGGAAGUGGCGUUGUAAUGCCUUCAUCACUGCUGUGUUAGUGUGUGGACUAUGAUAAUUCCUUAGUGAUGUGGACAAUGAGGAACUUGAAGCUUUCGACCUGCUCCACUACACCCCCAGCAAUCUGGAUGGGGAUGUGCUCGGCUCUCCAUUUCCUGUAGUCCACGAUCAGCUCCUUUGUCUUGCUGACGUUGAGGGGAGGAUGUUGUUCUAGCACCACACUGCCAGAUCACUAACCUCCUCCCUAUAGCCUCUCAAAUAGGCUUACUUUGGUAAACUCAUGAAAUCCUUGGUAAUGUUUCAUAACACACUUCCUGAGUUAUUUAUCAUAGGGUCUAUUUAUCACACUAUUUAUUAACAUAGGCAGCCGACACUGGGCGCUAGAUCUGCACUUGUCACGCCCUGACCUUAGUAUUCUAUGUUUUCUUUAUUGUUUUGGUUAGGUCAGGGUGUGACAUGGGUGAUGUAUGUGUUUUUGUACUGUCAAGGGGUUUUGUAGGUUUAUGGGGUCGUUUACUAUCUAGGUGUUUAUGUAUGCUUAUGGUUGCCUAGAUUGGUUCUCAAUUAGAGGCAGCUGUUUAUCGUUGUCUCUAAUUGGGAACCAUAUUUAGGCAGCCAUCUGCUUUGGGUAUUUUGUGGGUUAUUGUCUAUGUCUAUGUAUAUUUGCCUGUGUCUGCACUAGUAUUAUUAUAGCGUCACUUUCGGUUUGUUGUUUUGUAUAGUUUGUUAAGUGUUCUUCGUCUUCAAUAAAAGUAUGUAUUCAUCUUACGCUGCGCCUUGGGGUAUGCUUAGGGUAUGCAACAUUUUAGGUUGUCCUAAAAUCUGAAAAUGGUGGUGGAAAUGGUGUUUUAUUAAGAUGGCUUGCCAUUAAAGCUAGUUAAGGAAAAAUAUGCCUUUGCAUCUUAAAUGGAGGAUGCUGUACGAGUGUGUUACGGGCUAAUCAAUAAUAGAAGACAGUGCAGAUCUAGCUUCCACUAUUGGUUGUCCCUAACUAUUUAUUAUUUACUAUUUAUAAUUUUCUAACCUCAAAUGACAUAAGCAGCUGCUUCAAAUUGGCUGUUUUCACCAGUAGCAUAUACCACGGUUAUUAGGCCUAGGCUAUAUGAUGCAAAUGUUUUGAAGGUCCCAAACAAUCAUUCUGAAUCCCAUGUAAAAUAAUAUUUAGAGUGACUAAAAUAUCACUCAUAAUAUUUUGGGGGGAUCGAAAUACUGAACUUUUUUUCUUCAUGUAUGGCUAACUAAGGAGAAGAUUGAAAAGACAAGCUGAGUGGGCGGGGAGCUUAAAUGAAUGAGCUUGCGUUGACUGACAGUUCUUUGAAAAGCCUACAGUGCCUUCAGAAAGUAUUCAUUUGUCCAUUAUUCCUUUCAAAAUUCUUGAAGCUCUGUCAAAUUGGUUGUUGAUCAACCAAAAUAUACAAAAUAACAAAAGUGGGUACAAAACCUAUCGCACACCAACACAACUUACACAUCACAUACAAUCAAACAAUCUCCGACAAGGACAUGAGGGAAAACAGAGGGUUAAAUACACAACAUGUAAUUGAUGGGAUUGGAACCAGUUGUGAAGGAAGAAAAGACAAUACCAAUGGAAAAUGAAAAACGGAUCAGUGCUGGCUAGAAGGUUGGUGACGUUGACCACUGAACACCGCCCGAACAAGGAGAGGGACCAACUUCGGCAGAAGUCGUGACACCUAGUGUCUGGUGAAAAGCAGCUUUCCUGUGCCUAGCUCCAAUCUGUUGAUUUUUUAUCCUGAAAAACUCCCCGGGACUUAAAGAUUACAAGCAUAUCCAUAACAUGAUGUAGCCACCACUAUGCUUGAAAAUAUGGAGAGUGGUACUCAGUAAUGUGUUGUAUUGAAUUUGCCCCAACCAUAACACUUUGUAUUCAGGACAUAAAGUUAAUUGCUUUGCCACAUUUUUUGCAGUAUUACUUCAAUGCCUUGUUGCAAACAUGUUUUGGAAUAUUAUAUUCUGUACAAGCUUCCUUCUUUUCACUCUGUCAAUUAAGUUAGUAUUGUAGAGGGACUGCAAUGUUGUAGAUCCAUCCUCAGUUUUCUCCUAUCACAGCCAUUAAACUCUGUAAAUGUUUUAAAGGCGCCAUUGGCCUCAUAGUGAAAUCGCUGAAUGGUUUCCUUCCUCUCCGGCUGAGUUAGGAAGGACGCCUGUAUCUUUGUAGUGACUGGGUGUAUUGAUACACCAUCUAAAGUGUAAUUAAUAACAUCACCAUGCUCAAAGGGAUAUUCAAUGUCUGCUUUUUUUGACCCAUCUACCAAAAGGUGCCCUUCUUUGCGAGGCAUUGGAAAACCUCCCUGGUCUUUGUGGUUGAAUCUGUGUUUGACUGAGGGACCUUACAGAUAAUUGUAUAUAAUAAUAAUAUAAUUAUAUAUAUAUAAGAUAAUUGUAUGUGUGGGGUAGAGAUGAGGUAGUGAUUAAAAAAUAUGCUUGCCGUAAGAAAGGGGUUGAAUCAUUUUGAAAAACAUAAUUCCACUUUCAAAUUAUGAGUAUUGUUAUUAUUAUUAUGAGUAUUGUGUGUAGGCCAGUGACAAAAAUGUUCAACUUAAUCCAUUUAACAUUCAGGCUGUAACACAACAAAAUGUGGAAAAGGUCAAGGGGGUUGAAUACUUUCUGAAGGCACCAUAUCAAGAAAUGUGGAUGCAGUAAGCAGUAUUGCAGUAAAAUCACCUCAAGCAAAUGUGGUGAUACACAAAGCAAUUAAAACAACACUGAAAUUGCAUCAAUCAUGUCAUUUUGUUUCGCAAUGAUGUCACCUUAAUCCUUUAAUAAUCAUGCCUCCUGAAUCCAGGUGUUUGACAUGGGGGAGGGGGGACUUUAUGAUCAAACUUUAUCAAUGUAGUAGCAACAUUUUUCCUACUUUGGUCAUCAUACUUUGAUCUGGUUUAAUCCAAAUAUCUUCUAAUUUCAUGAAAAACAUGAUUUUGACUGUUAUUUACCUUAAACUUUCUUUCAUGAGCAUUUUGGUUUCAGUCUUUUGCCUUGCAACAUUGGCGCACUUGUACAGUUUUUCAGUGUAUGUGACUGGCUGUCUGCUAUGGUGUCUGCAGACACUGCGUCGAGAUUAGAAGAAAACACAAUUUCUGAGGGGUAUCCUCUCGGCUGAAGUGGUCUUCGCUGGUGUUCGACAUUUCCCAGGUGUUUCAUAUAGCAGUCCGAUGUAAAAAACAAAUGACGCUGUAAUACCGCCUUUAUGCAUGAAGGUAGCCUCUCGUAGCGUAUUCCCCUCUGCCCUCAGCAGCACGUAAGAGCUCUACCACUGAGGAAGCUGCAUUGAGCCAGCCUUCUUUAGCACCGGAAUGUUUUCUUGCUUUGUCAGCUGUGUCCUUGCAGCCUAUAAUGCAAUAUAGCUACCUCCGUAUUGAUCAAAAUCACGGACUUUAAACUAGAACAGCAAUUGAUCAGACCGCCAGGGUUCGUUAUCACUCAUUUCCCCUGGCGUAGCUACACCUAGGACCAGCCUAUUGUGGACCUUGAACAAGGGCGCUUCACGUUCACUUUUAUUUUUUUGCUAACCGGUAAAGAUGACUUUAAAAUCCAAUAAAAACGAACCUGCUGUCAUACUUGAGCGGGUCAACAGCGCUCGAACAGCCCUCUCCGACCUGUACCUGGAGCAGCUCCUCCAAAAUAAACCAAAGCCGGAAAAGGGGCUUAUGCCAGCCUAUGAGACAACGGGAGCUGAAGUAUACACCAACGGCAGUGCGGGUCACAUGAACGGAACUGAGCCAACCAGGAUGCGGGAGGUGGCGUUUGAAAAAAAUCCCUCAGAGCCCAUGGGGGUGACUCUAAAAUUGAAUGGAAAACAGAAGUGCACUGUGGCCAGAAUAUUACAUGGGGGCAUGAUACACAGACAAGGUUAUCUAAACGAAGGGGAUGAAAUAGCAGAGAUCAAUGGAAAGAGUGUGGCCAACCAAUCUGUCGAUCAGCUGCAAAAGAUCCUGAAAGAUACCAACGGAGUAGUCACAAUGAAAAUCAUCCCCAACCAACCAAGGUGCUCUCCUGUGUGUGAGAUGUACAUGAGGGCUCAGGUUGACUACGACCCUGCCAAAGAUGACCUCAUCCCAUGCAAAGAGGCAGGGCUGAAGUUCAAAACGGGUGACAUCAUUCAUAUCAUUAACAAGCAGGACCCACAUUGGUGGCAAGGCAGGGUGGACAGCUCUACCGCCGAUUUCGCUGGACUCAUCCCCUCCCCAGAACUUCAAGAAUGGCGGAUGGCAAGUAAAAGCAAGGCCACAGAGGGCACCCAAUCCUGCAGCCCCUUUGGAAAGAAGAAGAAGUGCAAAGACAAGUAUCUGGCCAAGCACAGCUCUAUCUUUGACCAAUUGGACGUGAUUUCCUAUGAAGAGGUUGUUCGGCUCCCUGCCUUCAGCAGAAAAACCUUGGUGCUUAUUGGUGCACCGGGUGUAGGAAGGAGCCAUAUCAAAAGCCUGUUGCUGACCAAAUACCCAGGGAAGUUUGCCUACCCAGCACCACGUAAGGCCUUUACUUUUAAUGGUCUUCUAUCUGGUUUGAGAGCAAUUGGUUUUCCAAAACCCAUCAUUAACUGUGGCUCGAUCCAAACAACAGACACCACCAGACCCCCACGUAAGGACGAGGAGAACGGGCAGGAGUACUACUUCAUCUCCAAUGACACCAUGACCAAGUGCAUCACUGGGAAUGAGCUGUUGGAGUAUGGCAGCUUCCAGGGGUUCAUGUUUGGAACCAAAAUAGAGACUAUCCAGAAGAUCCAUGAGCAAGGAAAAAUCGCUGUGCUGGAUGUUGAACCACAGACAUUGAAACUCUUGCGGACGGCAGACUUUGCACCUCUGGUGGUUUUCAUUGCACCCACCAACUCAGAUACUAAGUCAGAAGCAGUGCAGUUGAUCCAGAAGGAGUCAGAUGCCAUCCUCUCCAGCUACAGCCACUUCUUUGAUGUGCAGCUGGUUAACAAUGAUGUUGAUGAGAGUGUGAAAGGAGUGGAGGAAGGGAUGGAGCAAGCCACCUCCACCCCACAAUGGGUGCCUGUUUCAUGGGUCUACUGACCUGUGUACCCCUGAACAACCAUCAUAUUUAACAAUAACUGGUGCAAUAUCACACCCCACUAAACCUGGGCCAAUAUCCACAAAGUGUCUCUGCGUGCUGAUCUAGGAUAAGCUGCCUUUUAGAUCAGAAUGGGAAAAGAUUAUGGCCAGACUAGCAACCGAAAGGUUGCAAGAUCAAAUCCCCGAGCUGACAAGGUCAAAAACAAAAUCUUGUUCUGCCCCUGAACAAGGCAAUUAACCCACUAUUCCUAAACCGUCAUUGAAAAUAAUUUCCUAACUGACUUGCCUAGUUAAAGAUAAAUAAAAGAUCAGCACUCCUACUAUGAGGGGCUUUGUGAAUACAGACCCUGGUCACUCAUACACCAAUCUUUGCAUAGCAGCUAAUCACUAUGUAAUUGUAACUAAGUUUCACACAGAAGCAAAACAAAAGAGCAAUAGAUAAUAUUUCAGAGAAAGUAUAAUGAACCCAACCAAGGGGAUCAUUUAGAUGUUUGUAAAACCUUAGUGAAUCAGGCUUUUUAGGUGCCAAGUGAUUGGUACCAUACGACUGCAGAUAGGAUUGUUAGUGUAUCAACAAUUAAAGUGGACCACUACUGUGAAGGCAAUGCCACUACCUGACAAGUUGAUCAGUAUCCUUAACUCUGGUUUAAUAGUCAUGAGAUUUUGCGUAGCUGUAUUAAUAUACAUGGUAAUGUAUUAAAAUGUUCUACAUUCAUGUUCUACAUGAAAUUGUCAA